GCUCUCCAUAUUUGCAAUAACCAAAUUUACACUAUUAGAGUUUCGUGUUUAAUUUCCACUUCAGUUGAGGCUAUAGCUAGCUGCUGCAGCAAAAUAUAUAAUGGCAAAUGCAUGGACAGAAGAUCAAAUAGCUAUAUUCCAUGAAGCGUUUGACGUUGUUGACAAGGACUCCGACGGUUUCAUUUCGGUGGACGAACUCUUAUCCAUUGUGCGAUCAUUAGAAGGAAACUCAACAAAAGAAGAAAUUCGAGAAAUGAUUAGUGAAGUUGACAUUGAUGGAAAUGGCCGGAGUGUAAAUUUUGAAAACUUCUUGAAAAUUAUGGGAAGGACAAUGAAGGAAAAUCAGACUGAGGAGCUAAAAGACUCGUUCAAAGUAUUCGACAGGGAUAAUGAUGGAUAUAUAUCAGCAACUGAGCUGAGACAAGUAAUGGUGAAAUUGGGAGAGAGGCUAACAGACGAAGAAGUUGAACAAAUGAUUAGAGAAGCUGAUUUGGAUGGAGAUGGUCGAGUUAGCUAUGAAGAAUUUGUGAGGUUUAUGACGUUAAAUUGAUCCAUCUCAUUUUUAUUUGGAAGUGUCCGAAGACAAAGUGACUUUUUAAUUUCUUUAAACUAUUGUCUUCUUUUGUAUUAUUAUGACAAUACUGUGGAAAUGUUUAUUGCCUC